AUGGGAGGUGAGAGUGGUGGCAUCGACUGGGCGCAGGAUAUAUUAUGUGCAGCGGACGGCUCAGACACUCCAAGGGCACAGAGAAUCGAGGCAGGGAAAAUAUGUGCUGAUUGCUACAUGUGUAGAGAUGAGUACAGAAUGAGAUGCAGCCAGGUCUAUUUUACAGUGGAGUCCAGCGAGAUUAGCAGUAGUACUAGUAUACCUGGAAAUAAAGCGGAAGAGAACAGGAAGCUGGGAGCAUCAAAUGCAGAUUCCGACGAAUACCACGGAGGCCCAGAUCCUGACCAACUUCGCCUCGCGUUCUCUGAACAAGCACGCUGCUCCACAUCGUCGCAUUCUUUGAUCUUUUUCAGCCGAGAGUGUUCCACGCUAACCGUCCCAGCCUCCAAUGUUCCAGCCACUGGAGAGCGGGAAAACCCGGGGAAGUCUCUGCGGUGGCGCAUGAUACGAGCCACAUGUGGCUAUGCCAUUGCAUGCGCCACAAAUUACCUUGACAAUAUAUCACGUGACUAUUCUGCAUCGCCGAACGUCAAAAAAAACUUCGACAAGUUCAGACACUCAUCGAACACUCGUAUCAAUGGACAGUGGACACACUAUAGCCGACCGGGUCAACAACGUCGUCUUCUGGAUCAUUGGCUGGAAGGGGGUUCUACUCUGCGCUCACAACUAUUGGGUUCAUGA